GAGGAGGGGACGAAGUUGCCUACACUUCGGUUUUCUGCCUUUUAAACCACCUGCUCGCUUUCAACUACGUUUUCAUUCAUCUUUCGCAAAAAAUUUGGUGGCUAACACUUGGCCUAAGUACCUAUGAACAGAGCGGUGGCCUGACCAGAAAUGCGAUCGGUGCCAGCAGAAAGGAUUUCCUUGCUCAGAGCAUGAAAUAAGCAGGCAAUCCCCAAAGUUACAGUUCCUCACCGGGCGAUCAACAGGAUCGAGGGAAGCGGAUCUCACCUUUAAGAACUGUUUCGAGGCACCGACACCAUUGUCCUAAUCCCCGAUCUUAUCUAGUGCCACGACAUCAUCGGCCAGUACGGAUGCAUCGUGACAUGGAGGAAAUCAACCAGGCACCGCCGAGGAAAGUAAUUGGCGUUGCUUGCACACGAUGCAGAAAACGAAAAAUUAAAUGCAGUGGCGAUCCUGGUAAUAGUACUGGGUGUCAUAAUUGCAGGCGAGCUGGCGUGGAACCUCGUGUUUGCCAGUUUAUCAGAGUUGGGCCAGUAAGUUUUCUACCACUGGUUAAUGCGCAGCACUACGCAAGUCCAGUAAAUGGAUACUCGACUAACCCGACAUCUGCGGAUGGUUCUGAGACUGCGGUGUCUUCCAGAUCACUACCAGUUUCCUCCUAUAACGUCCCGAGAACUGGAUCAACCUACCAUCCUUGGAUAGCGGCAACAUACCCCAAUAACUCAGGCUUGGAGACUUACACUUUGAUGCCGCACUACUCAUCUCACGGGUCGACCAACGAAGGGGUCCAGUGGACUGGCGGCCAUUACCUGAUCUCGUCUACUCGCCAACUGCCGAUCCCUACUGGCCUUCCCCAAAAUGCGUCUGCUGUAAGCGUCGCACCCAUACGCAGCAACAUUGUGGGAGUGCACUCUGUUAGAGAAACAAUGGACGGUGCGGCUCAUUACACGCAACAAGCAAUGUGCUGGCAGUCACAAAAUGGAUCUGAUGCUGGUCUUCACGGGACGAAUACUGGGACAUCCAUGCCUAGCUCUGAGUAUCGAAAUGAGUCCAUCAACAAUGUCUACACGACCGCAGCCAGCGCGCCAAGCGUUGAAAGUCUCACGUCUUCUGGCCUCACUGCGGAAAGACAAGAUUUCAGAAAGCCCUCCUUACCGGACGAACUCGACAGUCACAAAUCUCAUAAUACAAUUGGUCCGCUGGGUUACAUCACUAGCUCCUUUGCCAACUAGUCUAUCUCUACCGAUGCUGGUACAACCCGUAGUAAGACCCGGAUAUGUGGUUUCUCGGCAGUCUGUCAGCAGUGCGUACAUUCCCAGAGACACUCCUAUAACGCUUCCAAGUACAACGAAUACCCUCCCACGGCCAAUCUGUUCCACACCCACUGUGACCGAAUCAUCAUCGGUCAUCCUUCGUUGAGCUGACUCAUCUUGAAUAUUUACUCGUUUCCAGCCGAGGUUGCCAAACGGCCCUCUGUUAUGAUCUCACCAAUGGGCAUGGGGGGCGCCUGCGCAUUGGACUAAGUCCCUUGUCGCACCAGAGUGGUGAAUUAGUGACGUGACUUAGAUCACUGUAGUCACCAAGUUCACGAUGGUCACCUUUCUGGUGAUCACGAUGAUCGAAGUGAACACAGUGAACACAGUGAACACAGUGAACACAGUGAACACAGUGAACACAGUGAACACAGUGAACGCAGGGAUGGAACUCAUGUAUAUAAUCAGGC